GCUAAACAAUCCUUUCCCGCAAUAUAUCCGAAUUGCUAAAUGAACCACACACACGGUAUGUCGUCGUACACACAUGUACCACACCGUCACACAUAGCAGAAUCGCUUAACUGACGACUGUGUGUUACUUUUAAUUAAUAAAUAGCUCAAUAUAAACAGCACAGUCUAAUAACAUUCCUUCCUCCUUGGUCUAAUCUCCAGCAGUUGUUACGUCAUCUCUCAUCGUGUGAACUGUACCUCGCACGCAGUGAUGAGAGGAUUCUCCAGUCCAUGUAUGAAUGGGAAUUGUCUUCAAUGAAUUGCUCGGAUUCUUACAACUUAAAUCAUCAUCUGGAAAAUGAAGUGAAUUAAUCUUGGCUUAUCAAAGAUCAACAGCUUUCAUUAUCUCAUUCCAAGCAACACAACUGCGGAAAAUGUCGGAGUUAUCAACCGAAACUGAAAUGACCUUUGAGCGACCCAGCAGCAGAUAUGAAAAUCUGUCCAGCCGUUUCCUUCAGAAAGGUCGCAAUUUUAGGCGACAGUAUGCCCAUCUUUAUGCAGAGCGUUUGUGCAGUAUGUAUACUCGGUUGACAGAGACAGCCAACAGAAAAUGGGGAGAGUCAGUUUUGAUGCGCAAAUUGUUUGAACUGAAGGCAGAUGAGGAGUGUUGCGUGAUUGGAACCUUAUUUAAAAGUAUGGAACUCAAACCCAGCAUUCUGAAAGAAAUCAGCGAAGAUCACAACAUGGUUCCGCAGCCGAAAAGGGACAAGUACAUAGCAGAUACAGACACAUUGAUUCUAGAAGAUGAACUCCAAAGAAUUGUUCUCCUUGGAAAUAUUGAUGUCCAAAAGGCUGUUACAGGUGUGGUUAUAGUUGUAUACGGUCACGAGAGAGAUGAUGGGAAGUUUCAAGUGGAAGACUUUUGUACAGCAGACCUCCCAGUGCAGAUUCCUCGUACAAAUCUGGACCAAGAUAGGUACAUUGUCUUGGUGUCUGGUCUGGGUGUUGGGGAGAAGGGUCAUCACCUUAUGACCCUUCAGCUUCUACUUGAUUUAAUAACCGGUCAGCUAGGGGGUCCUGAGGAGCAGGAGAUGUAUUCAAAGGUUGUACGAGUCAUUGUUGCCGGUAAUAGUCUCAGUAAGGACACACAGACUGCUGAUGCACUCAAUACGGCCAAAUACUUGAGUCGUAAGGUGAAAGCAGGCACAGUAGAAGCUGUCAAGGCAUUGGAUGAUAUAUUUGCUCAACUUGCUAGUUGUGUUGCUGUUGAUGUGAUGCCUGGUCCAAAUGAUCCCUCAUUCUGCUUCUUGCCUCAGCAGCCCCUGCAUCGAUGUAUGUUCCCCCAAGCCUCUGUUUAUCCCACAAUGCGCUCUGUCACAAACCCAUAUGAAGCGUGUGUUGAUGGUGUUAGAUUUCUAGGGACAUCUGGGCAGAACAUAACGGACAUAUUCCAGUAUACUGAUAUGGAGGAUGGCAUGGAGAUAUUGGAGGCGACUCUUAAAGCCUGUCAUGUAGCACCCACGGCUCCAGAUACAUUAGCUUGCUAUCCUUACUAUGAUGAAGAUCCAUUCAUUGUGUCCGAGUGUCCACACGUCUACUUUGCUGGCAACCAGAACAAAUUCCAAAGCAAAAUCUGGAAAGGUCAAUCUGGGCAGAAGGUUCUACUGAUAACAGUUCCACAGUUUAUGAGCAGCCAUGCCUGUGUGUUAUUGAAUCUACGCACACUCAGCUGUACACCUCUUGUGUUUUCCAGUGACAUCAAUCCAAGCAAUGCUGAAUGAACGCAUCAGUGUCUACCAGUACUGUCCGAUACUGUGUAUAUCGCUUUUACAAUAUCUAACAUCACUGGCUCAGCCAGAAGGAAGCUGUAAAGAAACUUUUUGCUUGUCAGGUUUCUUUUCAUAAAUAAUAAGGUUGCCAGUCAUAAACACUGCAAGUAACGAGGUAGGGGUCCAUAGGCUUGGUUACAUGACGAGGGAGUGGCCUAAUCUUGGGUAUAUUUCAAGGCUGCAUUGGAAAUCACAUGGUAGGAGCCUAGAAUUGGUCAUAUUGCAAGCCUAUUGGAAAUCGGCUUGGUCACACUGCAAAUUACAUGUCAUGGCUAUUGUUGUGCUUCGGUAGUUUUGUAGGCCCUUGUCUAAAUCUGAAUUCUAUUCAGCAUCCUAAUGACAAAGCAUCUUAAUGGAAACCUCACUUCAUUAGAGAAGACAAUGAAUCUUGUCUCUAUGUGCAAAUGUCUACAAAUCUUUUCCAAGUAACAAUACUGAACAAGAUAAACCUGGUUGCAGUUACUCAAUUGAGCAGGUUGAUGCUCAAAGUCAAUAAUGGCGUUUUGGAAAACUUUUGUUUAAUUUAGCUUCUUACUGGUAAAUUGUAUAAUAUUCUAUUUCUCUAGACUAUAGCAAUUAUGCUUGGAAUAAAUAAAUAUUCUAUUCUCAAGA